AUGAAUAUUGAAGAGAGAAAGAAAGAUAUACAAACUGGAAUUUAUGAACAAGAAAUAUUUGAAGAACUUGGUCAGGUACUUAAAGAAAAAUUCUUUAAAUAUAUAAAUGAAGCAAACUAUGAAUAUUAUAUAUAUGAAGAAAAGGAAGAUAAAAAUUUGAUAAAUUAUAAUAAAUAUGAUAAAGAAUUUGUAUGUAAGGAUAGGAAAAAGAAUAAUACUUUUAUAACAUAUGAUCAUAUAUAUUCUUUUAUGUCUUUUAAAAAAUUUAGUGGAAAAAAUAUAUCUAUUGAUUAUAAUGGAAGCUAUAAAUAUCAUAAUUUCGAUAUAAAUGAAGUAGAUAAUGAUAUAGAAGAGAAAAUAAUAAAAAAUACAUAUAGGAAGAAAAAUCUAUUUAAUGAACAUAAUUAUAAUAAAAAUAUAUUUUAUGAUAAUACAAAAGGACAAAUUAUCUUAAGAAUUCAAAACAUAAAAAGGAUAAUUAGUAUUAUUAAGAAUUAUACAUAUUGUAUACAUAAAUUAGAAAAUAAACAAAAAAUAAAGGAUAGUACUAUUUUAACUAAAUAUCCUAUAGACUUUUUUAAUAAAUUACUUCUGAAAUUAUAUAAUAUCGAAAAUAAUAUUUAUGAAAUUAUAAAACAUGAACAAUUAUAUGAUCCUUACUGGAAUAACAAUCAAAAAUAUUAUAAAUAUGUUAAUAAUUUUAUAUAUAUAUCACCCCAAAAAAAAAGAAUUAUGAAAAAUAAUAAAAAUUUAAAUAAUUAUAAUACUAUAUAUGAUAUAUUACUGAAAUAUAAUAUGCAUAGUUUUACACAAGAUGAUACUUUAUGUUCAUCACUACAAAUAAAUAAAUUAACAAAUAUUCAUUUUUUAAAUUUAUUAUAUUUUAAAUAUCAAAAUAUAAAUACGAAAUAUUUAUUUAUUCAUAAUAAAUUAUAUAAAUAUCAAGACUUAUUAAAAAGUCCACUAUGUUUUAAUGACAAAGAAAAUAUUUCAUCAAUCUUUUUAUCCUUCUUCUUAUUUUUAAAUAUUUGUCUAAAUGAAAAUACCUACAAAAGGAUACUUAAUUAUAUCUAUUUAAUCAAAUUAAAAUUAAAAAAGAAAAUACAAUAUAUAAAACACAAAACUAAUAAAAAACUUUUAAAUAUGUUAUCAAAUAUUAAGGAUCUUACAAUCAACAUAACUAUUAAUAAUAAAUCACACAACAAAGUAUCAUUAUAUUUAUCAUCCCUAUUUAAUAUCCUAACAUUACAAAUAAAUGAAAACCAUAAACAAACUCUACAACUAUAUAAGAAACUCCUAGAUUGUGAAAUAAAUAUUAACAUAUUGUCCCGUGAAGUUCAAAAUAUUAAUCAAAUCACAGAAAUGUUAAAUAAAAAAUUAGAUGCAAAUAUUCAAAAAUGGAAAAAUAUAAAAAAUGAAACUACACCACCAUAA